UCCUAUUGGCUGUUUCCCAUUUGUGUACUCCAGGUCUAGGUAGAGCUGGCAUCAGGUGCACUGAGAUAAACGGGGGAAGAAGAGGCCUCAGCUGGACGCUAUGGCGGCUCUGAGAGCAAAUGUAACGGGUGCUGGAUCUGCUACUAUCUCUGAAGCCAAGCAGCGGGCUUUAGAGUUCUUUCGAGAGGUCUGUCGCGAGCUUCCGGCAAUCAUGAACCGCUACAAUUUGCAUGAGGUUGUGACUUUGGGAGAGCUGCGGUCCAAAGUUGCAGCUGAGUUCCGCAAGCACUCCAGGGUUACCAACCCAAAGGUUGUGGAUAUGCUUGUGUACAAAGGAUCGGAGGAGCUGAGCAAUGUCAUGAUCCAGGCAAAGCAGAGGCAUCACAUUAUUUCGCAGUACGUCGUUGGUCCGCAAGGGAUGGUGCAGACAAAGACGCUUGGGAAAGCCGUACGUGGCGAAGAAGGGCAGUCGGAAUUCCUCAAAAUGUUUUAUGAGAGCAACAACUUUUGAGGGAAAGAAGAUGUCCAUUAUUCCCCUUUUAGGGUGUGCGCCGACCGAUGUACGCCGGCAGCUGCUGCUUAUUGGAUCCGAAGGGGUCGGUCGGAUCGCUUUGGCUUAACCUGCUUGUGGGCAGUGGCUGUUUGCUCGUGUUGUGCUGUGGGGCUGUGUGAUGACUGACAACAGGCACAUCUUCACAUGCACUUGGCAUCGCCGGAUGGAUGAACGUGUGGUAGAAUGAAUGGUUGGUUGCUUUGUGACUGAUUGUCCUCUUUCGAUGCACGUACUGUUUGGAAAAUAGGGGAGUAUAGGAACACUGACUGAUUGAGUGGUUGGUUGAUUGAUCAGUUGAUUGAGGCAUGGAUUGAUUGAUUGAUGCAUGGAUCAAUUUUGAUUGAUUCAUUGCUUGAUUGAUUGACUGGCUGAUUGAUUGAUUGAUUGACUGGCUGAUUGAAUGAUUGGUUGAUUGAUUGACUGACUGAUUGUUUGAUUGAUUCAUUUGCUCGAUUGACUGGCUGAUUGAUCAAAAUGAUUGAUGCAUGGAUGCAUUGAUUGACUGGGUGGUUGGUUGAUUGAUCGAUGUUCUGACAGGUCGCGUGAUUGAUUGAUUAAUCAAUCGACGCAGAUGAUUGUAUUAGUGAAAAAUCACUAGAGAUUGGUUCAGUUCGGGUCUGCAAAACGAAAGAAAACUUUGGAGUCUUAUCGGCAGGCAGGCAUGCAGGACUCGUGUUCUACUUUCGAACGAGG